AGUGAGCCAUAAUACGUUGGUGUAAGAGCUGUGAUGACCGUCUGAUCCAAAGGCCGAGAACAAUUUUGGUCUCAAGAGUGACUCAUGGCUUGGGUUUAGAAAGGAAUUGGAGGGUGGCAUUCUUGCGAUUCCCUUUUGAGGAACACUUAUUGACCUGUCGGUGAUCAUAGCCCUCUCGGAGAAGAAUCAGGAGGAUAAUUGGAAGACUCUGGUUCUGAUGGAGCAAAGGCACGAACAAGCGACAUCCAAUGUGAGGGGCGAGACUUAUCCUGAUCUCGUGAAAUGUGGUCUCCAAUACGUUGAGACUGAACAAGAUGCAAAGCUCACAGAGCUCGGAGAAGAAAGAGCCAAAGAGAAAGGCCAGCUGAUGCUGGCCAAUGUCUCUGAGGGCAUGCCACUUCCAGAUAGACGGGCGAUCUUUGCGUCUAGUUGUUCUCGCGCUGUGCAGACUGGGCUGGCAACAUUUGGGCCUGUUUACGACUCGAGUAUAGCUCUGAACAUCACUCGCGACUUUGCGGAGCGAAGCCACUGCAAUUACUGCGACAAGGGCUCCACGAUUACACAGCUCAGAAAGUCAUUUGGCGAUUCCAUCCGGGUCCCGUUCGACAUGCCGGAGCACGAUGAGAAGUAUGAGUGCUGGCCAUGUAGGAACGAAUCCGCGAUCCGUCGGGGAAUCACUCAGCGUCAUCCCAAGGCUGAUGUCAUGCGUCCCAAUUUCGACAUUUUCCCGUCGUUGAGGAAGACAGAUUGUCUCGUAACUGGAGAGGACUGGAUGAUGCAGUGGAUCAUUUGAGGUACCUUCAAUCCAUCGACACGAGUGUCCCUGCCACUAUCGCCUUGAUCGGUCACUCGUCUCAGUUGGAGAACCUGAACAGUCAGGUGCUGGGCAAGUAUGGUGAUGUCACUGACCCAUGU